UGGCAACUUUUUCUCACUUCAUGUUGUUUCUCUUUUACGCCAGUUAAUGUUAAACUUUGGUAGAAGUUAGGUUUAUUAAAUGGUCAAAUUUUGAUGAAAAUUUACUUUUUUGGACUCAUUGGGUCCUUUUUUUCUUCACCUUCAUCAUCACCAUAAUUUCCUCCUUCACCACCUUCAUAGGAUAUCUAAUCCUACCAGUUUUACCCAGUUAUUUUAUAUCAACAAUGUUAAUUCAACAGUUUACUCUUGUUCCUUCAUAAACAAGCUACCACCAUCAUCAUUAUCAUCAUCAUCAUCAUCAUAACAUCACCGUCAAGCUACAACUACAUCUAAAUCAGCGACUGCAACAACAAAAUCAUCAACAACAACAUCGUCAACCAAACCAAUUAUUGGUUUUCUUUUUUUUUCCAUUUCCAUGUUCGGUUAAGUGAGAAAAUUUUUAUCCUUCAAAGAUAGUUUAAAAAGUGAACAUCUCUUACCAAUAAAGUCAUUUCUUUUCCAAACGUCCACAAAGUACCAAAAAAUAUUUCUAACCAGUGAAUUUACCACAAGAGAUUAUAAAAUCAAGUUGGAUUAUUUUUGUCUCUCAUUGUUUUUUUCCCAUAUUUCGCUUAUCUCUCAAUAAGGAAAUAUCUUGCAUCUACAACAGCAGUAAAACACACAAGAAGGAGAAGAAAAUAAAAAAAAAGAAGAAUAAACAAAUAUAAUUACCAUGGCAAUGGUUAACGGUUUAAGCAAUGUUAAAGAUUCUCGUUGGCUUCAACUUGAGGUUUGCCGGGAAUUUCAACGCAACAAAUGCACAAGACCAGACAGUGAAUGUAAAUUUGCUCAUCCACCAUCGGGUGUUGAUGUUCAAAAUGGUCGAGUAGUUGCUUGUUAUGACUCUAUCAAGGGACGAUGUAAUCGAGAUAAACCACCGUGUAAAUAUUUUCACCCACCACAGCAUUUAAAGGAUCAACUUUUAAUUAAUGGUCGAAAUCAUUUGGCUUUUAAAAACGCUCUUCUCCAACAAAUGCCUCUUCAAACCGUCCUCACAACUGGACAAUUGCCUUUGGUGAGUGGCCAUUUUUUCACACAAAGAUCAUCGGAAAAGGGGCCCAGUAAUCCUUAUGUAACUAAUAUACCGACGAUAGCCUCUCCUUAUGGCACUUUUCCAGCCAGCUAUGGUCUUACAUCGACAACAGCAGCAGCAGCAGCCGCUGCAGCAGCCGCAGCAGAAAAGUUAACAUCAAAUUUUGGACUGGUUCCAGCCUCAGCAUUGAUUGCAACCAAACAAACAGCUCGAACUGAUCGUCUUGAGGUUUGUCGGGAAUUCCAGCGAGGCAAUUGCAAGCGAGCUGAAUCAGAAUGUCGUUUUGCACACCCACCAGAACAUGUUCAUCUGGAUUCAGAUGAUGGCCUGAUCACGGUCUGUAUGGACUUUGUCAAAAGCCGCUGCUUGCGCAAUCAAUGCCGUUACUUUCACCCCCCGCCGCAUCUGCAAGCACAGCUUAAAGUAGCCCAAACACGGGCACACACAACUACUGCUCUGCCGAAUAAUACGGCGACAGCGGCCGCUGCAACCACGCACGUUUUGGCUCAAGCUGCUGCUUCUAUUUUGGCUGCUGGCAAAAAGCGCGUUCGAGAAACUGAAGAUCUUUUAAUGACAUUUCCUGGAGUUUUACCAAUGACUAAACGACCCGCUCUGGAAAAAAGUGGUCUCCCUGUUUUCCAACCAGCGGCAAUGGUUUCAGCUUAUCAACAAGCUCUUGCCAUGCACCAAUCAUUCGUUCCAUUAGCUUAUAAAUGGUCCAGUUGAACAUCCGCCCAAGUGAUUUAAUCAUUUUGGUUACUUUUUCUUCGCCAACAGAGUUUUUCUUAACAUUUUGUGGGAAAGAGGAAAUACCAAUAAGGAAUACAAAAAGCAGCAAAAGAAAAUUAAUUGCUUCUCUCAUCUUCUCUUCACUCUUCUUGCUUCUUUAUCCUCCUUAAGCAUCCUCUUCAUCCCUCUUCAUUCUUCUCAUCUUUUUCUCUCUUUUUCCUUGUCCCUAGCAGCAAAGCAUUUGUAUUUUCAAUCAUAUUUGUUGACCAUUUCUUCGUUGUCAUCAUCUUUUCAUCCCAUCUUUUAACUCGUUUUUUGUUGUUACUGUCAAAAUGUUUCCUUUUGUUUUUCCUUUCUCUUCAUCUUGACUCCUUUCUUACCUUACUUCUGACCCUUCACCCAUCUCACCUCAAGUCAUCCAUUCAUUCUUAGUCACACAAAAUUUUGGAAAAAAAUGUAACACAGCAAAAACAAAAAGCACACAAACACACAACCAAUCGAAGGUUCAUUUAGUGCAAUUCACCGUGGUGAUCUCAUUUUUCGACUUCAAUGUUUUUCUCUUCCUCUUUUUUUCUUCUUUGCAUUUUAAUUGUUUCGCUUGCAAAUGAAAGCGAAACUAAAAGUUUAACCAAAGUCUCGAUUGUUUUGGUUUUUAAAAAAUGUUUCUUUGAUGGUUGCUGAUAUGAUGGCAGACAACGAUGAAAAUAAUGCCUUGAACUAAGCGUUCCGUCCAUGGUAUUAUUAUUAAUAUUAUGAUCUAUUCAAAUCUAUGAAAUGAAAUGAAGAUAAUAAUUAUAAAGUAAAACAAAUUAAAAUAAUGACAACAAAGUUUA